UGGAGGUGUUCUUAUGUGGAGGUGCAUGGCAGCAUCAGGACUAGGAAAAUCGAAGUAUUCCACUAUGCCUGUCGCUAUCACACGUUCAUAUUCUUUGCAAGUAGCUAUCUUUCUGUUUAUCGUCUGUUUUAUAUGGAAGACUGCCACUUGUUGCGAAAAUGCUACGGAUGGAUCCAGUACAUUAAAUUCCUUGCAUCAUCCUACACUCAGUUCGUGCAUUACGGAGAUGAUACGGGCGUUAUGCAACUCUCUGAGGCCCUCACCUUUGAAGCGCAACACAGAAUUAAUCAACAGUAUUCUUGGACUUCCCAGAAUCCUUCAAAAUGCCGGCAGAUAAAUACAUUUCAGCAGCAGUAUUUGUCAACCAUUUUACACUCAAUUAAUAAUGGUAAAUGCAUAUUCUGCUGUUUUCAAAGCAAUUUAGAACAUUGGGUAGGUGACCAUACUAGAUCGGAUAAAUGAUCUUGAAGUGAUUAUUAUUAAAGUGUUUAAGUUUUAAAGUUUAGCACAGCGCCUUCAGAUGCACGAAUAGGGUCGCCAUAUAGGAAUGAAUCAUUUGAAAGAAAAUAACUGACCCAAAAGUAAUAUCAAAAUAUCGCCAAUUUCAAUGGCACUUGUGUUUUGUUUCACUAAGAAUAUUUUGAAAAAUUAAUUCAACUGAUGAAGCUUAUCUUUUUGUUCGGUGUGCGAGUUAAAAUAUCUGAAUUGUAUAAUAUUUCUGUGCUAAUUUCAAAAAUAUAUUCGAAAUUUUCUUAUGUACGAAUACUUUG